AAUCAUUCAUCCUGCAUUUUAAGAGGUUAUCAUGAAUACAACCUCAGAGAUCCCAAACCCCAGUGCACGCUCACAUUAUGACGUAAUCCCGUGAAAGAGCACGCGCUCUUCUCAACAAUGUCGACCACCAAAACAGAGCAGACGCUCCGCGCGCCUCCGUCCAUCAGAGCUCGAGCGGAACCGAGCAAAUGAAAGCGAAAUCUCAUCGCGGUGCGAUCAGGAAAGUUUAGAGGAGGACAUGGCUGCUCAAGAACCCUCCCCCCCGUCCUCCAUAGAGAACAACAAGCCCGGGUUCCCAAAGAAGAUUCUGGCCAUCAAACUUGAAGACAAACAUUUAUGCAACUGCUGUCAGAACAUUUUGAGGAGACCGUUCCAAGCGCAGUGCGGCCAUCGCUUUUGUUCUUACUGCUUCAACCGGACUGUUGGAUCAGGACCACAGAAAUGUAAUGCCUGUAUCAAGGAGGACAUCUUCGAAGAGCCCACGUCCAUCCUCAAACCAGGCUGCGCGUUUCCCGACAAUGCUGCCAGAAGAGAAGUUGAAAAUCUUCCAGCUGUUUGCUUCAACGAAGGCUGCUCCUGGAAAGGCAGUAUUAAAGAUUAUGAGUUGAGCCAUGAAGGGAAGUGUGAGUUCAUGAUUCUGCCGUGUCCCUUGUGCAAAGAGCUCAUUAGACUGAACGAACAGGAGCGUCAUAAUGAACGCGAGUGUCCUGAGAGAACGCUCAACUGCAAGUACUGUAAAGAACCAUUUCAUUUCAAAAACAUCAAGGUAAGCGAGCGGUCUGACAAAAGCGCCAUACAUUUGAAGGAGGAAAAAGGCAUUUCAUGUUACAAAAUAAUGUUUUCACAGGCCCAUGAUGAGAUCUGCCCCAAAUAUCCUAUGAUUUGUGAAGGAUGUGCGAAGAAGAAAAUCCCCAGGGAAAAGUAUGUUGACCACAUCAAGUUCUGCAGCAAGUUCAGGACUCCAUGCAGAUAUCAUGUGGUUGGCUGCGACAUUUCAGUGGAGAAGGAGAAGAUCCACGAUCACGAGCGUGUCUGUGCUCACGAACAUCUCAACCUGCUGUUGCACUACAUCAUGAGCAUGAAGGUCUGUCUGGAGGGUCUGCAGCCCCAAAGCCUGGAGCUGGCCGGUCACAAAGCACAAGAGCUUCACCAGGCGCUCCGAGACCUAGAGACCAGAGUCAGUCAGCUGAACGGACCGCCCGUGCAGGGGGUCCCCUCCUCUUCAUCCUCAUCCUCGUCCUCCUCUGCGCUUCCGACCACGCUGCCCACCUCCUUCACCCCUCUGCCCAGCUCGGUGGGCGCAGCGCUGGAGCUCCAGCUGCACAGCGAGAAGACCAAGGUGGCAGAUCUGGGCCGUCGCUGCCAGGAGCUGGAGGUGAAGGCGGGGACGUUUGAAGACGUGGUCUGCGUGCUAAACCGAGAAGUGGAGCGCUUCGCAACCACCAUGGAGGCCAGCAACCGCCAACACAGACUCGAUCAGGACAAAAUCGAGGCUCUUAGUAACAAGGUGCGUCAGCUGGAGCGGCAGGUGGGUGUUAAAGACCUGACUGUGGCUGAAAUGGAGGGCAGAUUGCGGGAGAUGUCUGCCACCACGUUUGACGGCGUCUUCAUCUGGCGGAUAGCAGAUUUCACUAAAAAGAGACAAGAUGCCAUUGCUGGACGGGCGCCUGCCAUGUUUUCACCCGCAUUUUACACAAGCAAGUACGGCUACAGGAUGUGCCUGCGGAUUUACCUGAACGGCGACGGGACGGGACGGGGAACGCAUCUCUCGCUGUUUUUUGUGGUCAUGAGAGGGUUGAGUGAUGCGCUGCUCAAAUGGCCCUUCAACCAGAAGGUCACACUGAUGCUGCUGGACCAGAGUAACAGAGAGCACAUCAUCGAUGCUUUCCGUCCCGAUGUCACUUCCUCCUCGUUCCAGAGGCCUGUAAGCGAGAUGAACAUCGCCAGCGGCUGCCCGCUCUUCUGUCCACUGUCCAAGCUGGAGGGCAAGAACUCAUACAUACGUGACGACACCAUCUUCAUCAAAGUCAUCGUGGACCUCACUGGCCUUUAAAGUUUUCUACUUUCUUAUACGCUGCCUCUGAUGGAGAAUCUUCUUCACCACAGCAGGAGAUUUAUUCCAUGACGUCUGUUUUGACACGUUUCCCUGCAUGUGUUCAGCCGUCACAAAAGCUGCACUGAUGCACAGUUCCCGAAAGGCUCAGUAGAGCUCUAUAAUAGGAAAAAGAGUCGUGAAACACUGGGAUUGAACGUGAAGUCCGGUCCAGUUGCAUAGUGUAGAUCAUAAUGCAAAAUAGAUCAUACAGAAAUUAGAUGUUUUUUUUUAUUUGACUCGCUCUCAGAACAUGAUAGAUCACAGAUUUGGAGAAAUGUAGCAUUGCAUCACUUGCUAACCAGAGGAUGCUCUGCAGUGAAUGGGUGCCGUCAGAAUGAGAGUCAACCAGCUGAUGAAAACAUCACAGUAAUCCACACCAAUCCAGUCCAUCAGUUAAUGCUAGUAAAGUAAAAAGCUUGACAUUUGUGGAAAACAAACCUAUUAAGGUGUUUUUAAUUUCAAAGAAGUCCUCUAUCCAUAAUAAUGUGGUCAGAAUAAGGAGAGAAAUAUGCAUAGAUCAAGCAUCCAAAACUGUUUUAUGCAAAUAUGUGGGUGGAUUUUGAUGUGAGAGGACAACAGGAGAUGGACUUUUCCACUAAUGGAAGCAUGAUUAUGGAUUAUGGACUAUUUGUAUUAUCUUUUUCAAAGUCGGAAGCAACAGUUUAAAGUUAAAAAUGUCUUAAUGAUGGAUUUGUUUCUUACAAACACACAGCAUUUGGCUUCUCAAGACAUUAACUGAUGGACUGGAGUGGU